AUGAAUCGUCUUCGAGUUGCUGUUGGAAUAUCAGGUGGAGUUGAUAGCGCAGUAGCAGCAUGGCUUCUAAAAAAGAAGGGCUUCGACGUCGUUGGUGUUUAUAUGAUCAAUUGGGAUCCUGUCGAAGAAGGAUCUGCCACGUGCCCGCGAACGAAGGAUGAAGCGGAUGCUCGACAUAACUAUGUUGGAGAACUAUCGCCGUGGACGGACCGUUGGUGCCUGAUAUCGCUUGCAACAGACAUUACUCUGAAAAAGAUAAACAAAAGUUGCAGCACCACUUCAUCUGUAACUGGAACUGCAAUUCCAGUAGGUAAUGAGUAUUAG